AUGGAGAAAGUGAUGAAUAUGAUAAAGCCGAAGCCUAACCCGCAACAGUUAUUGAGAGAUUGGCAGCGUCGUCUCCGUCAAGAGUGUCGCAAUAUCGAGCGCCAAAUCCGAGGUAUAUAUGAUGACUCUGAUCAUAAGAUAUAUACAGAGAAAGAAGAGAAGAAUGUGCAGAAAGCAAUUAAAGAAGCAGCAAAGAGAAAUGACAUGGGUUCUGCCAAGUCCCUUGCUAAAGAACUUGUGAGAUCUAGAAAGACAGUGAACCGUCUUUACGAGAAUAAGGCACAGAUGAAUUCAAUAUCAAUGCAUCUUGGAGAAAGUGUUGCCAUUGCUCGCACUGUGGGACAUUUAUCAAAGAGUGCUGAGGUCAUGAAGCUUGUCAAUAAUCUGAUGAAGGCUCCUGAGGUGGCUAUAACAAUGCAAGAAUUUAGUAAAGAAAUGACCAAGGCUGGUGUCAUAGAAGAGCUUGUGAAUGAUGCCGUGGACAAUGCCCUGGAUUCAGAAGACAUUGAAGAGGAGACUGAAGAAGAAGUUGACAAGGUCUUGACUGCUAUUGCUGGUGAGACUGCUGCACAGCUUCCCGAAGCAGUCAGGAAGGAGAGGUUGAAGCAGCCUGCCCAGGAAGAUGUAGAGGAGGAUGAUGAGGAAGAGCUUGAAGAAAUUAGGGCGCGUCUCGCCAAAGUUAGAUCAUAACUUGAACCUCAUAUUGUCCGCCCACAUCCCAGUGUCCCUGAGAAUGUAGAAGUAUUGUAUUGAUUAAUGCAUGCCAACGUUUGAGAGGCUGCAGCCAUAUUAUUCCUAUCGCAGAUCGGAAGACAGAAGAUGUGAAAAACAUUACGUGUUGUACAAGAAUGGGCUCUUGUUAGAAGGACAACCCUAGCUGCUGUGUAUAUAUGAUAAUGCACGUUUUUGCUUGAUCCCGAAUACCAUCGUGCCCUUUGACCUUGCGAGAGAA